AUGCCUCAUUCCAGGACAGCCUUUGAGACUGUCGAGAUUUCCCGGUGGGACCGGGAACUCAGCAACUCCACUUCCGAAAGAGCAACCAUCACCGAUGUGAAGCAUUUGGCUUCUUACAACUGGAUCGAUGCACCCACGCCAACCAUCGUUGUUCCAGGAUGUCCACCUUAUUGGUUUCCCCCCAAAGGGGCCCAUCGCUUGCAAAAGGAUACCGGCCUCAUUUACAUAGACCGGAAUGCGGCGCUCCAUCCCAACAGCCCGCUAGAACCGUUGUUUCGCUCUCUUUACUUGGCGAGUCCCUCAUUCGAUAUCAAUGCAGUCGACAUUGUGACUGAUCGAAAUAUCAUCCGAAAGCUCCUGUCUUUUGUCAACUCGUCGUUUGCCAAGAACGGACUGAAAUCUUUCACUAUCCAAGUUGAAAUCAAUUUUGAGACUGCUAUUUUUUGCCGCGAGGAAAUUGCGAGCCGGGAAGUCAUUGAACCGGAAGAGUUCAGGGGCUAUGGUCAUGGGUUUGAGAAGGCAUACACCAAAGAUCAGAUACCUGGUAGCACCGCGCAUCACCGUAUCAUUUCGUACCAACUGGCGGGCCUAAAGUUCCUUGUUCGCCAUGAAACAGAUGGCUAUGUUGAUAAUCCGGGAUUUAUGAAGAGCGAUCAGUCUAUCGCAGGCCUUGGAGGGCUUCUGGAGUCAUUGUCACUUUCCUCAACGACAACUUCCACGGUUCAGCCUCCAGCGCGAUCACAGCUGACCAUCAAGAAUGCAGGCCGGGUCGUACCCCGAGCAUCAACCCUUGAACUCAAGACCCGGGCUGCUCACAAACCAUUCGAUUUUUCGGAAGUUGCGCCCCAAAUAUGGAUAUCCCAGACACCCAAGCUGGUUCGUGCCUACCAUAAUCGAGGCACAUUCUCCGAUCCCGAUGUAGAGGAUGUCGCUGCGGCGAUCAAGGAAUGGGAAUGGUCUCACCAAGAUGACAUCAAAAAACUCGUCGCACUCCUCAACUGGAUCCUGAAAGUGGCCAGAAGCUGGGGUGGGAGCUCGAUCAUUCGCUAUGAUGACCGGAAGGACAAACUCGUGAUCAUGAGGACCCAGACAAGGAAGAUGCUGCCGGACGAUCUUUACAAACGAUGGACUAGAACCGUCUCUACUAGCACCCGGUCGGAAGAUUAA